UGACGAGCCGCAUUGUUUUCUUGGCGAAAACAUAGGCUCGAGAUCGCGGUGCUGUGGAAUUACCUUGCCCAUCAGUGGAACCGCGCUCGGCAUUGAUACGGCGAUAACGCUAGAGAUAAUCUUCCGUGCUAGAGUUUCACGAAAUUUGGAAAUAUAACACCUGCUGAUCGUUGAUAAAUACUGAAAAACGUUUUCAAAACAAAAUACAUGCUAACAGUAGGUGGUUAAAGUGGUUGGAACUUUCCGUUUGAACUCCCGGGCUAAUUCCUAUACGGGACAAUGGCGACAGAGCAGACAGUGAACAUUCAGCGACAGUCCGUUAACCAACCCUGGGGCAUGAAAAUUUGCGGGGGUCGGGAUUUCCGCAUGCAGCUUCAGGUGAAAAAGGUUGAACCGAACACGCCGGCGGCGGGGAACGUGCACAACGGGGAUGCUAUCAUCGCUAUCGGGGGGACGAGCGCCGACAAGCUGAGCCACAUGCAGGCCCACCAACUCAUCAAGAGCGCCGGAAAUCACCUUCAACUCACAGUUUUGCCAGGCCAUUUUGAAGAAAUUAAGGGGCUUAAGCCUAAGGGCCCGGUGAAAUUUUCCCCAUGGAGGAACAAGCAGCAAUAAACCAGACAAAUGCUCAUGAUACUGAGCCAAACUUCCAGUCAUUAUACUAAGUUGAAACUUACACACAUGGUGUCACGGUUUGCAUCCACAUAGAACAUUCCAGAUGUGGAGGUGCAUCUUCAUCAGUGACAGUUGAGGAUCAUUGAAUCACUUUGUACGGGCACAUAUUGUUUUCACACACUCAACGAUUGACUGUUGUAUUAUACCUGUGUUGCUUUGGUGCUUAAUCAAUUUUGUAAUUAGUAUUUAAAAAUAUGAAAAUAUGUUUUAUAUAUAUAUUCCUUGCUCAUUGCGUGUUGAUUUUAUAUGUAUAUCUAUAAAGUGAUGUUCGUGAGAAUAAUAGUUUAUCUUUAAGCAGAUUAUAUCCUUGUCAUAAUCCGUCCGACCGAUAUCAUAAAUAAUAGUUAUUAUAGAUUCAGUGUAUUUUGAAUGUUGUAAAUGUAUUUUGAAUGUGGAAUAUAUUUGUUAUGAUACUCAUACAGUGAUAUCAGCUCUGUGCCAUCGUGUGCUACAUGCUUCGACUGGCAAUUUGUCUUUUGAAAUAUUGUUCCUGUGCUAAAUAACCCACAAAGUCAGUUAGUAUUAAUUAGCUAAAAUGCGUUUAAAUUAAUAAAACAACAUUCGGGUCUUUUAUGGACCCAUGAUAACAGCCUAGCCAAAUAUCUGGCAAUUAUCUGACUUUUCUUAUCAAUUAUAACUACGGGAUAAAAUACAUAUAUUGUACAACAGUUAUUUUAAUUGCUGUGUCAUAGGUGUUAAUCUAAAAUCGCCCGUGCUGCUACCAUACCCCAACUUCGGCCUGUGAUAUGUGCCGAAACGUAAGUUUCAUCCAUGGUUUGCUGUGGGCUUUGAAUUGUACAUUACGUAGCAUUUUCAAAUAAAAUAUAUACUAGUUUAUAUAAUAAGUAAAUACAAUUAAGGGUUGUUUAAGUGUGCACAAUAUGUUUUUAAAAAGAGCAAUAAAACAAGAAGUACUGCAA